AUGCGGAUAUUAGCGUCUCUCGCCCUUUUUUCGGCCGUGCUGGCCGCGGAUAUCGAAGCCGAGUUGCUCUACCGGCGGGUAAUAGCUAUGUCAAUGACAGCGAACAAGUCUCCGCCUCCAACAGAGUGUACCUAUACUCCGCCACCUAGGAACUGUGAGAAGGCUUGUGGGGUGGGGAACAUUCCCUGUGUAAACGAGACUAGAUGCUACAACCCAGAAGUAGGUGAGGUUUGCUGUAUGGAUGGGAGCUACUGUCCUCAGGAUACGUACUGCAUCGAUACCGGGUGCUGCUCGAUACAGUAUACGCUCCAGCAAUGUGGUGGACAUGAAAUCCGGAACUAUGAUCCUCCAAGAGAAGGCGUCUCAACUACAAAAAAGCACACUUCCACUUCCACAACUACUACAUCUACAUCCGUGAUCUCAUCGUCUACAAACCCUACGACAACGACAGCAAGUAGCACAGAACCUACCGUUCCAAGUAUCCCUAACGACAAAGAUGGAAAUGGCGUGUCAAAGAGAGCUGGUGCUAUUGCUGGAGGUGUUGUGGGCGGCCUUGCAGUUAUAGGGGUAGUUAUCGUAGGCGUUGUAUGGAUGGUCCUGAGAUCAAGAGCAAAGGAAAAGAAUACACCUGGCGUCACUGGAGAAAGAGGCCUGAAUAACAGUAUAGGGUUCAAGGAACAGAGGGUGCAUGGGAACGGUGAGCCAAGACAAGACGCUUCGAGGUCAGUAAUAGGAUAUUAUCCGCCCUCUACUCUUGCUCCUACGGAGGCUACAUCGAGUACGCCGUUUUAUAAUCUUUCUGGACCGAGGAGAGUGACGGAAUUAGAUGCUCAGGGGAUACAUAAUACCAACACGGCAUCUAGUUCAGUUCUGGGUGAUAUGACGAGUCGUUCAAGUGUAGAAAAGGUUUCCAAGGACACCAAAUAG